UAAGCGACGGAGUGCCAACAACAACAAUUAUUUGAAGAUAAUCAAUCGUAAUCAGUAUUCCUGUCUUUGUACGAGUUGUUCCCCUUGUAACUAGACAACCGCCAUUAUUCAAAACAAAAUAAACGUGAUAGAACACGAUUUUUCAGCAAUUUAUUUGCAUUUAUACCACAAUUUCAUGUAUUUCAUGCAAAUGUUUUAACUUCACGGUUAAAGACAAUACAACCAAUCACCACUAUGGCGGAUUUCGACCCGAGAGAUCCCGUUUUGGAAAAAAAUUUCAGAGGACACAAAAAUAGUGUUACAUCAGUAUCUUUUAGCCCUAACAUGAAUCAGUUAGUAUCAAGUUCUUUGGAUUCCAGUGUCAUGAUUUGGCAUUUAAAAGAUAAAAUGCGUGCUUACCGAUAUUUAGGUCAUGGAGAUGCUGUCCUUCAUGCAUGUUUUUCUCCAAAUGGAAAUCUUAUUGCAUCAGCUUCACGAGACAAAACAGUUCGCCUCUGGGUUCCAUCUGUAGAUGGAGCAGCGAAAAUCCUCAGAAGUCAUACAGCUACUGUGAGAAGUGUGGACUUCAGUGGAGAUGGAACGUUUAUGUGUACAGCAUCCGAUGAUAAAAGUGUAAAGUUCUCUGCCAACAUUUCUGUGUCAAUGAAGUUUUCGCAUGACAUGAAUUUUGUGGCUUCUGGAGGUGAUGACAAAACUGUGCGUUUGUUUGAUCUUCGUUCCAAAAAAUGUGUACAAACACUCAAAGAAACAGGCGCAGUUUAUGACCUCCAGUUUACCCCUGAAGAUGUUUCAAUUGCAACUGGUUGUAAUGAUUUCAGUGUGAAACUUUGGGACUUAAGGGUAAAGAUGAGAUUACUUCAUUUCAAGGAUCAUACUAGUAAUGUGAAUAGUAUUUCAAUUCAUAACUCUGGUAAUUAUUUACUAUCAGCAGCAGAUGAUAACACAUUAAAGAUCUUUGAUUUGAUUGAAGGGCAUCAAUAUUACACUCUUUAUGGUCAUAAGCAUGGUGCAACUGCUUGUAUUUUCUCACCAGAUGGUAACUACUUUGCCUCAGGAGGAGGGGACAAUCAGGUUCUAGUUUGGAAGGCGAACCUUGUUACAAGGGCACAUCCAACUACUCAGAGACAGAGUCUAGCAGAUGCUUUCUCUUCCGGUUCUGACUCUGAAGAAGCUUUGCCAGAGCAACAUCAGGAUGCACCUGCUAGAGCCAGUACUCCCGUUGGAAAUAUGGAACGUGGUGAAGGUGCUGCUGCAAGUCAACUUUCAGCUCCUUUUCCUCCAGAACAAACCGAAGUAUUAUUAGGAAUGCUGCAUAAUUGGGAUACACUUGAAAAUUCGAUUUCUAGAACUCUUGGAAAUAUUGUUGAUCAGAUGCAAUCAGUUACUCAGACGAUGAGUUUGAUGGAGCAACGGCUUGCUGUAUACGAGGAUAAAAUGAAGGUACUUGUUAAGAAAGCAAACAAAAUCGAGUUAUUGGAACAUGAGUUAAGGAUAUAUAAUGCGGGCCCCAGGAUUGCUGAUGUAGUAACUCAGAUGAAUUCAUUAGAGCAGCGAAUAAAUAUGCUUGAGGAAAGAUUACAAGGAAGUACAUAACCUUAAUGCAAAUGAAAGCAUUUGUUUGCAAAAAUGUUUUCCUAUCUCUUAUUCUGUGCAUUAUUAUUAUUGUUUCCAUCAACUAUCAAUAGGUUGUAAAUACAUACAUGCGUACAUAUAUAAAUAUAAUGAAAUCAA